AAUAUUAUAUGGUACUUUAAGAUAGGUUCAGCUUAUUACAUCCAUAUUGUGAAACACUGACAUAUGCGAUGUUAAACGCUGUCACUCAAGGCGUAUUAAAGUAAUUAACGACAGUAAACAUGUAAACCUCAAUACAACGAGCCCCGAAAGAAACUUUGGUCAUUUACGUUGUCGUUCGAAGUCUCACAGAUCGGAUAAAUAUUUCGGAUUACUCUAACACUUUUCUCUAUUAAUUCAGCUAAGAAUAGAUUAAAGUUAUUGCUUUUGUGUAGUAGGCAUCGUGCGGCGAGAAAAAGUAAAUUCGGGAACUUUUGACAAAAUCUGUCACGUGGAUCUAUGGUCUGUCAAUCAAGCGUGUUCAAAGUCAGGGGCUCGCGCCUCUUGUAUCAUUGAAAUAUAUGCAUGUCUCAGUUGCCUGUAGCAAGAUACAAACAUUGCAUUUCCAGGUUCUUGCAGGUCGAUUAGAUAUCAAGCUGGCUUGUUGUUGUUAAGCUAACGUUGCUUGCGCCCUCGUUGGUUUGCGGACAGGACAACAUGGCGGAUGGCGGUUUCAACUCGAAGAGUGUCGCGCUACGUGCUCAGAAAAAGGUCCUUGGCAAACUAUCUUCUAAGGGAAUGGCCAAGGCGCUUGUAGAUGACACUACGGGAGACUUGUUGGAUCAGUUAUAUAAAUUGGCCAAAAUGGAAGCCUCUAGCAAAAAGGAAGCCGAAAAGCUUAUAAAAGAUCUGAUCAAAAUCGUGGUGAAGAUAAGCAUUCUUUUUAGAAAUAAUCAAUUCAACAAGGAGGAAAUCAUGCUGGCCGAAAAAUUCAGAAAAAACUUUAAAUCAGCGGCUAUGACAUUUAUCAGUUUCUACGAAGUGGAUUUUUCUUUUGAUCGACAAUUUCUCAGCAAGAGCCUAUGCGAGUGCCAAGCGCUUCUCCAUCAACUCAUCGAACGACAUUUGACUUCGAAAUCCCACGGUCGGGUAGACCAUGUGUUUAACUAUUUCGCAAAUGGUGCUCUCUUAGAACGUUUAUUUGAUCCGAAUGAGCAAGCUUUCAGAGUUAUUUUGAAGAACAUGGUAGAUGGAUUAAAUAAGCUUAUGGAGGAUGGCAGCCUAUAAACGUGUUCACUUGCGAAACUUCACAGUCCAGGAUUCUGCCGUUUAUUAUGGUCAUAAGGUCAAGCAAGAGUGCAACCAGAGGCGGAUUGACACCAAGACUUAUUGCUUUAAUUCCAAUUAUUACUCUAUAAAAUACAAGUUACAAGCUUUGGAUUCGUGCGAAGUCGCUAAAGUGGCCAGUAAAUAAUCAUCAAUGUUUGCUGUGGCCGAUUGAAGAAACAAGAUAAUUUGCAUAUAUAUUUUUUUUCGUAUAGUAAAUAGUUGCUGUAGAUGAAUUUUUAUUUGGUCGAGUAAGCAGAGGAGAGAAAAAGCGAAUUCCUGACAAGGAUUCAUGCUUAAGCAAAUCCUAUACCUUUUAAUUUAUUCUGAUUUUAAUGAAUUUGUAGCGCGCAUCUCAGACAAGCCGACUUGCUCCAAGCCGAAGUCCUUUUUUUCCGUUUCACUUUUAACUUUUUUAUUUGAUUGUUCAGAUUUAUUAUUAUUUCAUUUCGUAGACCAUAGAAUUAACUGGCGUUAUGGCAAUUACUGAGGAAGACAGCUGGCUUUUUUGUAAUGAAGAGGCUGUCUUUUCCUAGUAUUUUAGUCUUCUAAGGUAAAUAAACCAAAUUUAUAAUCUAAGAUUUCUCGUUUAAAUAAUCACAAUACUAUAUUUUAUCUAUGGAACGCUUUUUAAUUUAUUUCUCGACAUCAUGUAUUUCUCAGUAUGGGACCGAAACUUUAUCAAAUAGUAAUGUAUCCAAGUACGUAAGUAUUGUCUUGCACUAUCAUGGGGAAAGCUGUUCUGGUUUUCAAUAAAUAUGUGUAUCUGUUAGUAGGAUUUAUCUGUUAGGAGUCCCCUAUCUUGUGUCAAAGCAAGGCAAGAUAGCUUAGACACCUACCGGAUUACUAAAGAUUGUUCUAAGCUUACAUUUUAAAAAAGAUACAGAGAUUUGGCUGUUUUACCCAUCUUUAAAAUUUAAAUAAUUAAUGUAUGGACACCAUCAAAAAUAUGCAUUUUUACACUGUGGUGAGGAUUUUUUUAGCCUAUUAUGCUGUUUCAUGUUUCCUUGUAUUAGUAAAACUGCUCUUAUUAGAACUACUAUGAAUUAUAGUGAAUUAUUGACAAACUAUGUAUAAACAAGAGAUUAUAUUAGUGGGGAUAAACAGGCUUUGAAUAGUCUAAUACAGUAUUGCUACUAUACAUAGGCUAGAUUUUUAGUAGAAAAAAGAAAUAUUUUUUCCCAAGUGAUCUCUAUUUCUUUUUCAAAAUAAUAUUAACUUUAUGGUUAUCCGUUCACAAAUGUGGUCUAGGAGAAAUCAGAAAUAAUUUAGGUUAUUUGGGUCAUGAUUCAGAAAAAAAUUGAUACUUUUAUGUGUUGCGUACAGACAAAAGAUUAAUAGAAAGCUGUUUCAUUUUCAGUUCUGACGUAGGAAUAUUUUGAAUAUUGAAAUUAAAGAGUAAAUAAUGUAAAUGAUUGACAUGAUAAAAUGAUAUUUUGUCUGGCAAUAAAGUUACUGUUCAUUGUUUUUGGCAA